GAAGGCCAAUAGAGUAAAAGCAGGUGGAGUCAGUUCAAAGAACGGAUGGAAGAAAUAUAGCUGUGACCGUUGACUCCUCACACGUCCAUCCUAACUCUGGUGCUUUCAAAGUCACUAUAAUUAUCCAGACAGAACCAUGAAAGGGUUCCUAGCUGUGGUACUGCUGUGUCUGCUGGGAUCAGCUCUGGUCAAGGCCAACAAGUUUUUCUGGAAUGGACCUGGGAAUCAGAUGGACAAUGUGUGUCUUACCGACCAGAUCUCCUGUGGCUGCUGCCUGAUGCAGCAGAAAAUAGACAGAAUGAAGACAUACUUUGACACUAAACUCAAUGAGUUUGAGAAGGACCUGGCCAAGACAGACGAUGCUCUGACCAGUGCCAAAGACAGCCGGACGGCCUUCUCUGCAGCACUGACCAGUCACAGUGGUUUGUUCUGCAAUGGUCCCUUCCGCGAUGAAAGGCUCAUCGAGUACAAGGACGUCUUCAUAAACCUCGGGGGUGCUUACAGUGUUGACACUGGUGUUUUCACCGUUCCUCACUCUGGCGUCUACAGCAUUGCGGUCACUGUGUCCAGUGAUGCUGGUUCUCCUGGUAACUCCCUGGCUGCCUGUGUCAACCUGCAGAUAAAUGGUGUAACGCUGGCAGGAAGCAGAGAAAUAAAUAUGCAGGACCAGGAGGACAGCGCCACUAUCGCUGUCGCACUCCAUCUGAGAGCUGGGGACCGAGUGGCUGUGGAGUUGCCUGUUGGAUGUUUCCUUUGCGAUAAUGACAGCCACUAUAACACUUUCUCUGGUUUCCUCUUAUAUGCUACUGCUUAAGUUAGAAAAAAUGUAGCUGAUGCUUGGGUUUUCUGAUAUGAUGGCAAUGGGAUUUAAAUUUUAAGAUUUCAGAGAAGACACAUUAUUUAGUCUGUCUGUACAAAUAGGCUUUAUUAUCUACUUUGUUUAUUGUCAAUGUCAGUGUAUGUGUCAAUAAUAAAUCUUUUCCCCUUUUUUUCCUUUCACGUCUCCUUUCAGUGAGGAAAAUUUGUGUUUUGUGAAUUACUAGAUGGAAAAGAAAAUCCUGUUCUGUAUUUACUGACGACCCCUGAAUGUCCUUUACUCUGCAGUCCUUAGAAUGUACUCAUAUUCAAGCUGUAGAUUUGUGUGCAAUGCUUUUCCAUCAUGUCUUCUGUUUCUAUCUGUUCACUGUCAGAAUAACCAAUGGGAGAACUGUAACAUUUAGUGGUUCUGCAAUAAAGCGAAUAAAGACUAUUUAAACGAGCAACCAGUGGUUUGGCUUCAUUCUCUGCAUUCUCUUCAUUCAUUUUUGUCCAGUUUCACACAUCUGGUGUAUUGUUAAUUUAACAGGUUAGGUCCACUGGAGCCACAAAUGGCUUCAUCAACUAUUUGUGUUGAAUUGAAGAACAUAUCACGUAAAAUUCGUAUUUUAUUUUACGGUCACUUAACGCAUCACCCCUGCGGACUAGGGUCGUGCACCCCGUGGAGCAGCAAUCUGCUGUCUCAACGGUCAGUGCACGUUUUAAGAGCUCUUUUAUGUUAUAAUUUUAAUUUAUUUUCUUAUUUUAUAUUAUUUUAUAAAAGACUUCACUUCCAUGCUGUGAAUUUUCAGGAGAGCCAGCAAGGGAUUGGCACACAGGACAGAAGCUAACAGGACCACAGACUGAGGGAGCCGGACCGAGGCAGUGUCCAGGGCCCCACGCAUCCACCCAGCCCAAACAACAAUGAGAACCAGACACCUUCCCCUGGCAGUGGCAGUAAUGACAAAUAAACAUUUAAUUCAUCUCUCCAACAAAAGCAGGAAAAGGAGAAACCUCACUGAUCAACCAACUAUAGACUGUCUUUGAAGAACUGAUCUCAGUUCUGUCCAACAUCAGCUAGGAGACCAGGUACAACUGGAUAAAAACUCAGUUUCAGCAGCUAGGAAAUUAAUUGUUAUAAAGUCCUUCAAGUACUUUUAAUAACAAACAAAUAAUUUUCAUGUAGGUGCAUUUGAAACGGGAAUGUAAAAGAAACACCACUAAAUAUGUGAAUGAUGAAAAUGCAAUUACAUUUUUUUAAAUUGUAUAAUACCUAUUGUUAUAUUUGUAUGAUUCUUGUUUUAACAAUCCCGUUGUUCACACAGUAUUUAUGACAUUUGUAAAUAUACCAGGUGUGACAUAUAACCAGCAAAACUAUCAGAUGCUUGAUGCACUAUAGCCUUGAUUAAAGUGGUCCGUUGAAAUAUCUACUUAACGUUUAACUGUAGUUGUGGAGUUUUCUCACUAGAUGGAGCCCUUGCUUAUUGUACCCUUAUGUCGGUCAGUAAGAUAUGUUGUGCAGGCGGCAAUGUAAUUUUGAGUAAUUUAAAUUAACUAAAAAUACUCACUUUUUCAGUGAAGAUUUUUGGUGAGAAACAAUGUAACUAUAAAUAAAUAACUGUCAGACUGGUCAUAUCCCGAGUUUAAGUAAAUCCAAAGGUGAGAUAAGUUUACCAUUUUUGCUUUGUUCUGACCACAUCUACAUCACUGUUUUCUCCAGGACCCAAUUCUGAUAGUUUAUUUCUUUACUUUUCGGAUAUUUAUCCAAUGCUGUCAUUGGUGGCAUAGCCAAAGCCUGGUUAAUUUUAUUGUUUGAACAACAACAGGUAGAUUAAUAAACAAUCUGCUACCACCUAGUGGAAAUGU